AUGCAUGCACGUGCGACCCCUCGACGACAGGAACCUGCCUUCGCCUGCGACCCACAACCGCCCGCGCGUCCCCUUGAUCCCACACCUGUCUCCUCUAGUCCACGCUCGCUCGCCACCGAGUGCCUUCGACUGCAUCAACCCCUUGGGCCCACGCACCCGUCUUCGCCUGCGACCUACAUCCGCACUCGUGCGUCUCGUCAAGCCCAUGCACGCAUUCUAACCUGA